AUGUCAACACAAGAACUCCUAGUCGAUGUACGCUCCCCCAGUGAGUUCUCCACCGGCUACCUCACCUCCGACAUCGCACCUACCGUAAACAUCGAGUACCAAAUCAUCGAUCAAUUACCCGAAAUAUACGCUGCAAAAGGCAUAGUCGUGGGGAAGGAUGAUGCAGUCACACUGUAUUGUCGCAGUGGUAGACGCUCAAACAUUGCAUUGGGGAGACUGAAGGAGCUAGGGUUCAAGAGGGUGAGGGAUAUUGGGGGGUUUGAAGAAGCGAGGAAGGUUUUGGAUCGCGAGCAGGUGCAAAGACAGUUAGAUGCUGAAAUGAAGAAGAGCAUGGGACAGACGGCCAAAGAGGCAGGGAAAGAAGACGACCCUAAGAAACAUGUUAGGGUUAAGAGCUUCGGCGCAUUGGUGGAUGGGCUGAAAGCGCUUGAGAACUAA